AUGGGUGUUCCAAAUUGGAGCUGGGCGACUCUGUUUGCCAAUUUGUUGAUUCUCGUGGGUAUCCUGACCUUUUCGUCCGGCUUCUUCCCCUAUAAGCCACUCCUUCCGGGUCUGGCCACUUUCAACCAAGCCGAUCAGGAUGCCGUAUCUCCGGUUUUCGACAAAAUUAUAUUUAUGGUGGUGGAUGCAUUACGAAGUGAUUUUGUAUACUCGAAUGAAUCUGGAUUUGCGUUUACACAAAGUCUCAUUCGUUCUGGGGUGGCACUGCCCUUUACAGCACAUGCUAGCUCACCGACGGUCACCAUGCCUCGUUUGAAGGCCAUGACUACCGGCUCGGUCCCCUCAUUCUUGGAUGUAAUUCUAAAUAUUGCCGAGUCGGACACAUCAUCCACUCUGGCUUUCCAGGAUACCUGGCUGGCUCAAUUGAAAGCCCGAGGCGAUCAGCUCGUUAUGUAUGGGGACGAUACUUGGCUGAAGCUCUUCCCUGGGAUGUUUGAUCGGUCCGAUGGCACCACCAGUUUCUACGUCUCGGAUUUUGUGGAAGUUGACCGGAACGUCACCCGCCACGUUCCGAGAGAGCUGGCGCAAAGUGACUGGUCAGCUAUGAUCUUGCAUUAUUUGGGACUAGAUCACAUCGGUCAUAAAGCAGGGCCUAAAAGCUCACACAUGCUUCCCAAACAGCAGGAAAUGGACUCGAUAGUGAGCCAAGUAUAUUCUCAAAUGGAUUCACAGUCCCAUCUUCAAUCGACCCUGUUUGUACUGUGCGGCGAUCACGGUAUGAAUGAAGCCGGGAAUCACGGUGGCGCUUCAGCGGGUGAAACGUCACCGGCAUUGCUUUUCAUUUCUCCCAAGUUUGCGACGCUUGGGUCGAGCCUGGACAGUCCAACCGAGCCGUUUAAUGAUCUGCAAUACUAUCGCACUGUCGAACAAGCAGAUAUUACCCCAACUCUGGCAGGUCUUUUAGGCUUGCCGAUACCCCUGAAUAGCCUAGGCGUGUUCAUCCCCGAGUUUCUCGAUCUGUGGGACACUGAGUCCACAAAGGUUCAUGUGUUGUAUCGCAAUGCUCGGCAACUUCUGAACACGGUCCAGUCCACGUUCCCAGGCGUCACGUUUGCUCCAGCCAGUCUUGAGAACAGCUGCGCAUCAAGCCCUGAUUCUGGGAUUCAAGGUGCCCAAUGUGCAUGGUUCCGAGUACUCCAAGACUUCCCGGGUGACGACUCGCCGCAUGAGAAUUUCAAGACUCUGGAGGCGUCCCUUCUUAAAUUUUGUCGAAUCGCUCAAGAUUUGAUGAGCAGCACCGCGAGCAAUUACGAUGUAUCAAGAUUAUCAAUGGGGUUGCUUGUCACGACCAUGGCAGCGCUUCUUGUCUUGCCCACAAUCUACCGUGAAUGUAGACAGUCAGCACACACUGGCAUUUUUCUAGCCUUUUUGAUAAUUGGCUACGGAAGUAUGAUGUUCGCAAGCAGUUACGUUGAAGAAGAGCAGCAGUUUUGGUACUGGAUCUGCUCUGGUUGGAUGUUCUAUCUGCAUACCCGCUACACCACAAACACUCCCUCGUCCGGAGCUACCUUGUUCUCUCUUGAUCGCGGCAAAUUCGCGACUUUCGGUUUCGCGAUUGCUCACCGACUGACCCGUCGGUGGAACCAAACGGGCCAAAAGUUUGCCGCCGAGCCCGAUAUUGCUCGGACUUUCUUCCCUGCUCACCCGAUGAUUUUCUGGACACUUUUCUUGUUGACUUAUACGGACGCGGGAAUUCGUCUUUCACGAAACUUGCCAUCUACAAUCUUGAAGAUUGGCGGAGUCGUGUUGACGGCGCUGGCUUGUGUCUUCAAGCUCAACUUUGUGGCGAACGACUCUCCCGAGUUGCUGGUUGAUACAGUUAUGUCCAAGAUUGCAGAUGGGUGGCCGGCAAGUGCUUCUCUAGUCUUGCAGGCAAGGUUGAUUUUCGGUGGACUCGUCUGCUGUGCAGUGCUGGCAACGAUGGUCCCAGGUCGAUCAAAUAGAAUGCAUGGCUCGAGCGACCUCUUUCACGAAGCGCUUCACUUGUUCCUCAUGACCCAGUCUCGAGCGACCAAUAUUCCUCUCUUCCUGGUGUUUCGAGUCGCGGCAGGGUCGUUGGCCUCGAUGAAGCUUUCGGGUAUGGAGGUGACCAUCACGACCAUGAUUCUCCAGUACACAAGCUUCUUCGCAUUUGGAGGCUCCAAUGCAAUCUCAUCCGUCGACCUCUCCAGCGCGUAUAACGGCGUUGGCAGCUAUAGCGUAGCCAUGGUCGGCAUUUUGACUUUUGUCAGCAACUGGGCGGGCCCCAUUUGGUGGAUAUCCGUGGAUCAUUUGCUGCGACCACAGCAAGAUGCGUCCCGAGAGAGCCACGAUGCGGCUGCCCUGCUCACAUUCCAUGUUGCGACUUCAGCAUUAUCUGUCAUGGCAGCUUGCACUGCGCUGCGAACACAUCUGUUCAUCUGGACGGUAUUUUCGCCCAAAUACUUGUAUACGAUCGCAUGGGCAACCGCCAACCAUGUUGCAGUGAAUCUGCUUGGGCGCGCCGGUCUCUCGCUUCUCAAGUCUCGAAAGUAG